AUGAUCAUCGUUUGGAUCACGGCUGUCUUCAUCGAAUGUACUGAACAUGAAUAUCAACUUAGUUACUUUGAAAUCGUCAAAACGGGAAUAUUGGGUUUUUCUUGGACUAACGAGGCAGCCAGUAGCGCUCAUGCUGCAGCACUUCUCGAAAAAAGUGGCCAAUCUGUUGGAUUUGUCGGUUUCGACACAGGAUUCUCGAAUGUUUUUGAAGCCGCCGCCGCUGUGGCGGCUGGUUCAAUUGGACGAGAAAUUGACCCAGAUGUUGUGCUUAUUUUUCGAAAACUAUCCAAGAAAGAUCCUCAAACAAGAGAGAAGGCACUUCGUGAACUUAUUGCCUUAUUGAAAGAGAAGGAUAUGGAAAUGGUAGAGCUGUGCUACAAUCACUUUGCAACAAUUAUGGACAAACUGGCAAUGGAUGGAAGUCCGACAGUUCGGGUACUGUCUUUACGGGCAGCAUCAUAUUUCAUAUCGUCUCUGAAAAAAGCUGCAGAGAAACAACUCAAAGUUAUAAUGCCCUUCAUCCUGUUUGGCACAUGUGAUUCAAGCCUGUCCGUGGCGAACCAGGCCGAAGCUGUUCUAUCUGAGAACUUUCCAGGAGAAAAAUCACAACAAGCCUCUUCAAUUUUUGCUGUCACUACAGCCAAAAUUGCCGUGGACAUUAUCGCUGAACGACAUAAUUUGCUACAUGCCCAGAAAUAUGACAAUGAAGAUUCGCCCGAGCAACGAAUUUCGCGUUUAACUACCCAGUGCUUAUUGACUCUAGCACGACUAGCACCGCUGGCCUCUUCUAAUCCGCGUUUCAAUGAGAUUCUGGAAAUGUUUUUCAAGGAUUCUGUUGUCAUUAAAAAAUUAGUCAAAAGUAAUGCCUCGGUAAAAGCUGCGUUACUUGGGGUUUGUCUGCAAAUGCCCGACUGUAUACCAGUGUUUCUCGAUACUCCCCUUGCCACAUGGAUCAUAUCUAGCUUAGAUUCACCCGACUCUCUAGUGGCAACUCGGGCAUUUGAGGCGUUCAUUCAAUUAGGAUCCGAUGAGAGAUUUUUCGAGAAAUUCAACAUUCAGAAAGCUGUGGUUCCUAAGCUUUUAUCAGUAAUAAGGAGGAAAGAAGUGUAAGU